AUGGCCCAAAACAAUGUGUCCAGUCUAAAUAGAUCUUAUCAAAAUCUCCUCCUACCAACAGAGGGUAGUUUGGAGGCCUACAUUUUACGUUUCCUCAAUAUCUCUGCCAACGCUUCGAUCUUACAUCUACUCAGGUCUGAAUUGACUGUACUUCAGGAAGCAAACCGUCUGCGCGAACCAGAACUCAUCGCUUUGAUUGCAGUGAAUACAACGUUGAUGAUCUUUGGAGCUGCUGGAGCGCUUAUUCUUAUAGCCGCUGUAGCCCGUAAACCACGAAUGCGAACUCCUCGAACACUGCUUACUGUCAACCUUGCUGUGUCUGAUUUGACACUCUGCCUAUUCACACAGCCAUUUAAUCUCAUUCGCACACUUCAUUGGCACUAUGAAUGGCGGUUCGGGGAGGUUAUGUGCAAAUUCACCUCCUUCGCUCAGGCUACCAACGUCUUUGUGGUGACUAUGAGCAUCACCGUCAUUGCGCUCGAAAGAUUCAAUGUAAGACUGACGUUUAGUCAAAUCAUUUCCCCUUCUCCUCCCAAAACGUCACAAAGUCGAAAAGGUUUUUUGUUUCUAAUUCCUCAUUUUUGA